AGUCCCGUUCCGUUCCGUUUCAGGAGCCCCUCCGCUGUCCCCUGCUCCCCCCUUCCUCUCUCCCCUACGGUUCGAAUUCUCUCGCCUCACAAAGCCAAACCCACAAGCGCACGAGGGGAAAAAAAAAAAAAUCUCACCACACCGCGCCGCGCCGUGCCGCGACCAAAUCUAGGGUUGGUCUGCUAUGGCCGACCCGCCGUCCCGGGACGCGCAGCCUGAGAAGCCCCCCGCGGCGCCGCUCACGCCGGAGCCGGAUGCUGCUGCGGCGGGGGCGAAUGGGGCGGAUGAGUUGGAUGAGGAGGAGUACGUGAGCGACCCCGACGACGCGCCGCUCCCGACGAUGCGGCGAAGGGAGGCCAGCGACGACGAGGGGUCCGAGGACGGGAGGCCCAGGGUGCGGAUCGGCCCCGAUCACGAUGACGACGGCCAGGGCGCCCCCGAGGCGUACGACGACGAGGUGGAUGACGACGAGGACGAGGAGUACUACGACGAGGAAGAGGAGGAGGAGGUGAGCAAGGGGUUGGAGGAGGAGUAUGAGGGGCGCGCGGCGGCGCAGCCCAAGGAGGGCGGCAGCGGUGGCAGCCAGGGGACGCGCGGGGAGGAGGGCGAGAAGGCUGAGGAGGAGGGGCUGGCGGAGGGGGAGGCCGAACCCGAGGCCGAGGGCGAGGGGGAGAAGGAGAAAGAGCCGUUUGCCGUGCCCACUUCCGGCGCCUUCUACAUGCACGAUGACCGGUUUCAGGAGGAGAACCGCGGCAGGCGCAGGCGAAUGUUUGGUGGGAGGAAGUUAUGGGAUGCUAAAGAUGAUCAAGCUUGGGUGCAUGACAGAUUUGAGGAGAUGAACGUGCAAGAUGAGCGCUAUGAAGAUAAGCGGAUGUCAAGAGGUCGUUUUAGAGGUCGUGGUGGUGGAGGUAAAGCACGAGGCGGUGGUCGUGGUUUUCCCAGAGGUGGAAAGCAACACAAUUACAAUGAAGAUGGGAACACCCAGAACCGCCCUCCAAAGGUCGUUAGAGGGAGAGGACCUCGACGUUAUGAAGUUGUUGCAAGGAACAGCAGAGAGUUUGUUGGAUCCCAACGAAAACAAACUGCAAGAUUUCGAGAACCUGCUUCAAUUGCUGCAGCAGCCAAAGAGUCUGGUCAAGUUUCACAUGCACAGCCAGAAGUUGCCCCUCCUAAAAAGAAUGUCAUCAGUUCAAGCCUAAAUUCUGCAUCGCCACCAUUUUAUCCCUCUGGUGCAUCCAAUCAAGAUUUUUCUGUACCAGCUCAAAGGAGGGACAUGCAAGCAGGAUCCAAUAAGGUCCUACCAUCUUCCACGAAGAUGGAUGAUAACUUAAAGUUACAAUCUGGUCCAACGGUUAGAGGGAAAACAGCUGUGGAUUAUGGUGGACGUGAUAGGUUUCAUUCUGAUGGUCCUGUUAGGUCAUUUCCUGGAAGGGCGGCGGCCACAUCGUUGAAUUCAUCAGGAUUCAUAUCAUCAUCAGUUAAUCCGGGCCAAUCCCCUAUUGUCAAGGCUUCAGGGGGGAAUUCAAGCAUGGGGAUUUCUUCAAAUAAUCAGCCCACUUCAUCACUUCACCAAACGUCGAGGAUUUCUACACAACAGCAAAGUCACACAUCAGUCAUGCACCAGAAGUCAGGCCAAGUGCCGAAUCAGUCUGCAACGAGAAUACCAACUCAGCAGUUGAGCCAUCGGACUAACAAUCCUUCACCAGCUGCUAAUCUACCUGUUAAAACAACUGAGAGUGAUGAGAAUGGUUCAUAUCACAGUCCGAAUAAUUCCAAGACAUCUUCUGCGGUGGUAAAAGCCAGUAACCAGGAAACUGGACGUGGCUCAUUUAUGUAUGGUGGAGCCCAAGUUAUUGGGGCUGCUGGCAUUUCCCAGGGCGAUCAAAAUUUUCCUGGCACUCCAGCUCUGCUGCCAGUGAUGCAAUUUGGGGGUCAGCAUCCUGGUGGUCUUGGAGUUCCUACUGUUGGUAUGGCCCUCCCUGGCUAUGUAGCUCAACAGCAGAUGGGGAUCAGAAAUAAUGAAAUGACAUGGUUGCCAUUAUUGGCUGGUGCAGCUGGUGCUUUUGGAGGAUCAUAUCCACCUUAUAUAGCCCUUGACCCAAGCUUUUACUCUAGACCUUCAGGACAGACAUCGUCGUCAGUUCCAUCCAGGGAACCUACUGCUAACAGAGGGUCUAAAUCUCCUCCUCGAAAUGGUGAGUUAUACUUCAUCUUCAUUCUGCAGAAAAGGAAUAAGUCUACCUCACCCCCUCAAGUAUUAAGAUAUUGGGAGUGAGGAGCUUGAUCAGCGCCAGAACAAGCCUAGGAGAUACUCAGAGAUGAACUUCAGUCAGUGAAUCACCAUGUAAGGUGAACUGCAUCUGAAUAAGCUGGUUAUGGCCCUACUUUAGCCCCGUUGUGAUCUCCAGUUUUGAUCUGGAGCACUUUGGGUGGGUUGGUAUCGUAAAUUAUGUUAGUUGGAUGUAUUUUGUGCCUUACUGUUAGUACUGUGCACUUGCCAGGUCUUAUAAAUGCCUGUUCGUGCUAGAGUUAUCUGAUGAGGUCACUUCACAGCAGAGCAGGGGUGGCAUUCAUUACUUGAAUUGUAGUGUUGCUCAAUUGUGAUGUGUCUGGAAAUGUCAAAUUUAUUGGCUGAGUCUGAAGAUGUUGGCGGCCCUUGAAGAAAGCUUGGAAUAAUGAUUUGCAUUGGUUGAUAAAGCUUGAAUUUUUUUUAGUACAUCUUGUUAGUGACUCCAGUUGGUGUCAGUCUACCCUGAUGUACCUAUCCUAGUGGUUGGCAAGACCAAGUGGCUUUAUUGCUGCAGUUUGUAUCUUUUGGAAUAUGUUGAAAUGUGGGUUUGGUUUGUGACUAUUUUCAGCUUGAAUGAGUGUAUUGAGUUAGUUUGGUUCCA